CUUGUACAAAGGGUGGGUCUCCAAUGUCUGAAAAUUCAGAUGUUGUGUAAAAAGAAGCAGUGCAAGAAAGGAAGAAGAGGUCAGCCUCUGGUCAACUUUUGGUCCAAAUAUCUGAUUAACCCCCUCACCUUUUCUGAUUUAGCUCCCUUAAUAGCUACUUUUUCCUGGAUUAUUCUUCCCUCUUCUUUCCAUUCCCUCUUUAUAUCGUUGAAGCUUUAAAGGAUUCUAAAUGGGUCUGAGAUCAGAUUAGAAGGCUAUAAUUGGCUUGGGAAGAUCUCCCCCAGUGCUGCUUAACGUGAUUUGGAUGUCUGUUGUGAAAACAGAAGGGAGACAGGAGCCGGUCCUGUAGAAACCACCCGCGGGAGAGGGCGGCUGCUGCUCCUGCUCCUGCUGCUGAGGGUCUCCCCGUGGUCCACCUCCACGCAGAAUGGGAAGCAAUGGCAGCAGGACCCUGGAUGACCUGCAGACGUUGGAGAUUCACCACUGGUACAAGAAGUUCAUGACGGAGUGUCCCUCUGGGCAGCUGACGGAGCAUGAAUUCAAGCAUUUCUUUGGACUCCGAGGCCUGGACCCAGAGGCCAACCACUACAUCGAGCAGAUGUUCCACACCUUCGAUAUGAACAAGGAUGGCCACAUUGACUUCAUGGAGUACGUGGCCGCCCUCAGCCUGAUCCUGCGAGGAAAGAUGGAGCAGAAGUUGCGCUGGUACUUCAAGCUCUACGACGUUGAUGGAAACGGCUGCAUUGACCGCAGUGAGCUGCUCAAUAUCAUCCAGGCAAUCCGUGCCAUCAAUGGCUGCGACCAUGAGACGAGCGCAGAGGAAUUCACCAACCGUGUCUUCAACAGGAUUGAUGUCAAUGGCGACGGUGAGCUCUCCCUGGAGGAGUUCGUCGAAGGCGCGAGGAAAGACGAGGAGUUCAUGGAGGUGAUGAUGAAGAGCCUGGAUCUGGAGCACAUCGUGUCCAUGAUCAACAGCCGGCGGCGAAACAGCGUCUAGCGGCUGGGCAGGAA